AUGUCCCGCGAGCGGCCCCCCCGCACCGACAUUCCCCGCAACCUGAGCUUCAUCGCUGCGCUGACCGAGCGCGCCUACUACCGCAGUCAGAGGCCCAGCCUCGAGGAAGAGCCCGUGGAGGAGCAGGGCGAGAGCGGGACGCGGCUCGGGGCCCGAUCCCGCGCUCACACGCCAAGCCGGGGUCGCCGGGCCCGUUCUGCGCCCGCCGGAGGCAGCGGGGUCCGGGUGACCCGCAGCUGUAGCCCCGACACCCGCAAGAGAGUGCGCUUCGCCGACGCACUGGGUCUGGAGUUGGCUGCCGUGCGCCGCUUCCGUCCUGGAGAGCCGCCCCGGGUGCCCCGCCACGUGCAGGUGCAGCUGCAGAGGGACGCCCUCCGUCACUUCGCACCGUGCCAGCCCCGCGCCCGCGGCCUCCAGGAGGCGCGCGCAGCCCUGGAUCCGGCCAGCGAGCCCGGCUUCGCCGCCCGCUUGCAGGCGCAGCGCAUCUGCCUGGAACGCGCCGAGGCGGGCCCGCUGGGCGUGGCCGGGAGCGCGCGCGUGCUGGACCUGGCCUACGAGAAGCGCGUGAGCGUGCGCUGGAGCGCCGACGGCUGGCGCAGCCAACGCGAGGCCCCCGCCGCCUACGCCGGUCCCGCCCCGCCGCCGCCGCGCGCCGACCGCUUCGCCUUCCGCCUGCCCGCGCCGCCCAUCGGGGGCGCCCUGCUCUUCGCCCUGCGCUACCGGGUUACGGGUCUCGAGUUCUGGGAUAACAACGGCGGCCGGGACUAUGCUCUGCGGGGGCCUGAGCACCCGGGAAGUGGCGGGACCCCCGAGCCCCAGGGCUGGAUCCACUUUAUCUGAACGAAACGAGGCGCCUGCGGCCGACGGCGGGGACCACCGAAGGCACCUGCGGGUGGGGGUAGGGGGGCGGAGUCACGUGGGAGGG